AUGCUCGACGGUAACUCCAGCCUGCUCGCGCACCGGCUGCAGAAUGCCGCUCUUCUGUUCCUCAGCCUUGCUUUCCUUCCCCUUGAUACAUUCAUCCUCUUUGCGUCGUUCCUUUUCCGUGCCAUCCUUCCGAACGAAGUCGAGCACCACCGACGAGAAGCGCGGCAAGAACAUGGAUUCCACCCGCGCACAGUCUUGGUCACCGGCGUGGGCAUGACCAAGGGCCUCGCGUUAGCACGACUAUUCCACGAAGCUGGCCACGACGUCGUCGGCGCGGACUUUGAACCCGACGGGGCCCUCGCGUGCGGGAGGGUCUCGCGGUCGCUGAAGAAGUUCUACCGCCUCGAGGCGCCCACCCAGAAACCAGGUACCCCUGCAGGAAAUUCACCAGACAGGUAUAUCCAGAAUUUACUGGACAUUGUGACGCGAGAGAAAGUCGACCUCUGGGUCAGCUGUUCGGGCGUCGCGUCGGCGGUCGAGGACGGCAUGGCCAAGGAAGUCGUCGAAUCGCGCACGCCCUGCAAGGCGAUCCAGUUCGACGUGCACACGACGCAGAUACUGCACGAGAAGCAUUCAUUCAUCAAGCACACCCGGGACAUGGGCCUGCACGUCCCCGAGACACACGAGAUCACGAGCCGCGCCCGGGUGGAGGCCAUCCUGCGCGACACGCCGCCUGGGCGGAAAUAUAUCAUGAAGACGAUCGGCGUGGACGACUCGGCGCGCGCGGACAUGACUCUCCUGCCUAGGGACUCGGGCGUCGAGACGUCCAAGCAUCUCGCGAGGCUCAAGAUCUCGCCACAAUCCCCCUGGAUUCUGCAGCAGUACAUCCGCGGCAACGAGUAUUGCACGCACUCGCUGGUCGUGCACGGGCAGGUCAAGGCCUUCGUGGCGUGUCCGUCGGCCGAACUGCUCAUGCAUUACGACGGACUGCCCUUCGAGUCCCCGCUCAGUCAGGCGAUGCUUGACUUCACCAGGCGGUAUGCCGCCCACGGUGGUACGGGAUUCACAGGCCAUCUCUCCUUUGACUUUAUGGUCGAGGAGCGCGACGAGAAGGCACUGUCCCCGGAAGAUAUCACCCUCUAUCCCAUCGAAUGUAAUCCCCGAGCACACACGGCCGUGGCACUGUUCAACGGCACGACGGCGGUGGUUGACGCCUACCUCUCCGCGCUGGAUCUGGACCAGGACAAGGACAGUAGCAACCACAGCAAUACUACCAGCAAUACUACCAGCAAUAACAACACAAAUGGUACGGCCGCCACCCUCGUGAUCCACCCGGCCCGAAAGGACAAAUACUUCUGGGUAGGCCAUGACCUCGUCACCCGCAUCAUCCUUCCGACUUUCUCACUCCUCUCUACACUCUCCGCAACCGCUUCUGGGCGCUCCUCCCGGUCCUCUGCUGCUUCUACCUCUGUCUCAACAGCUCUUCAAAGCUACGCCAAAUUCAUCCGUCACGUCGCCUCCCCCACCUGGAAAGACGGCACAUUCCAGCGUUGGGAUCCUCUUCCCUGGUGGUGGCUCUACCAUGUCUAUUGGCCGCUCCGGUUCUGGGACAGUCUCGUGCGGGCCAGGAAGUGGAGCCGCAUCAACGUCAGCACGACCAAGAUGUUUGAGUGUUGA